AUGCGGGCCACACGCUGCUUGCUCAAGAGAUCCGUCUGGAAGGGGCCGAACAUCGUGCCGAAUAUUAGUCUCCCAAUCGUCAGGCCGGAGCCCGGAAAGAAGGCGCCGCCCAUCAAAACCCGUGCUCGGUCCGCCACCAUCCUACCGAGCUUUGUUGGCCUCAAGUUCCAAGUCUAUAAUGGCAAGGUCUACCACGACGUCGAAAUAAGAGAAGAGAUGGUCGGACACAAACUAGGAGAGUUUUCACCAACGAGGAAACCCUUCAUCUGGGACAAGAACUAG